UAUGUCUUUUAAAAGUGUAUUUUCGAAAGUGGAGCUGUGGAAUGUUUUGUUUGUUUGUAAAACGUGUCUUGUUUCUUGGUUUAGUAGUUCUGAGGCAAAUUUUCUGCGCUGUGUGUGUGCGGAUGUUCCCUGACACUCCCCAGGCCGUGGUAUAGAGAAGACAGACAUGAGCCAACCCUCCCAAACUCAGAGGGGCACAAGAGACCGGAAAAGCGAGCCCUGGGACCACAGAGCACCACGGGGUCACAACAACAGAAGACCUCCAUCAGUUAACAGGUACACAUCAAGGAGCUUGGCAAACUCUCAAAGACGGGACAGCAGCCGAGGGGAGUCCCAUGGGUCCAAGUGUACCCACAUCUGUUCGAGGAGAGGCAUUGUGCUGCUCUGCGCCGUGCUGACCAACGCCUUGGUGCUGAUAUGUGUUGUGGCGGCUCUAGCAGUGAUGUCAGGGAUGUCGGCAAUGGGCGGCCUGGCAGGCGGCAGUUUCAGCAUCAACACGGCUUAUACUCCCUUUGAGGGCACUGAACUGCAGCAGGUGCGCGACCUGGACAUGCAGUACACCCAGAUGAGGUCACCGGGUGUGUAUGGGGGUGUGGCCUUCAGCCUGUUCUUUGGCGUGGUCUCGCUGCUCUUCGUGGUGUCGGGCAGCAAACCUCCACACCAUCUACCUGCCAAGCUGCUCCUGGGGCAAUUCAUCUUCCAGCUGCUGGGUGCUGUGGCUUAUGUCACAGCAGUGGGGCUCUACCUGCACUUUGUCAUCCAGGUGAACUCCACAGAUGUGUGCAAGCUGCGUGAGCGCCUGUAUGCGCGUCAGGGCUACACGUGGAUGAACUGCAAUGUGGGUGGCGCUGAUGCCGCCGUGGCCCUCUUCGGCCUCAUCACUGCCAUCCUGUACGUCGCAGGGUGCAUCCUCACUGGCUUCACCAUCCGCUGGGUGCGCAGGUACCACCAGGACAGGAAGCGCUAUGAAGUGGAGUACCAGAGCCAACGGACCACCGAGAGGACAUACCCACAGAGGGAGCCACUGCAGUCUGACAUAGUAGUGUGAAGGCUAUGUUUUGAACUUUGCUGUUUUUUUUUUUUUUUUUUAAACUUUUCACUCUUGCUCCAUUAGCAACUACACUACCUGAGCCUGCUGGAGACUUCACAAAAUAUUGUGUUCUCCAUUAUACAGUCAUCUGAUUUAAUCUGUGUAUAUUUAAUAUUUACAGAAAAGCCAUAACAGCCAGAUCAACAUGGGUCAUCCCUUGCAUAUGAUCUGUCUUGCCUUAAGUUCAUGCUGCUCUGACAAUAAAACUUGCAAUAUUUUGCUUA